AACUAAAUCAUUUGAAAAUUAAGAUGGAUACGGAAAACCAAUUAAACCAAAUCCCAGAAGAGUUGAAGGAGCAGCAUAACAAGAUUAGUGAUGAAUUAGACGGUCUUCAUAAAGAAUCUGAUGAUUUCAACACAAUCACAAGGAAGCUCAACGACCCAUAUGAAACCAAUUUGGGAUCGACUGCAGCAUCAGUGAAAAAUAAUGAAGAAAAUCUUGAAGGACUAGUUCAGACUCAUAAAGAGGUCGAAACCACACUUAGAGACAAAACAAGAGAACUUUUCAACCAAGACCUUGAAAUUGAGGAUAAAAAUAGAGAGCUCCAGAAGCAUGACAAAGACCAUCACGACACAGUGCAGUAUAAAGAAGAGAUCUAUUCUAAAUAUCACAACAACCAAGAAAGAGCCCUCAAAGAUCUCAAGAUCCAAUAUGAAGGAAUCGAUCAAUUCAUUAAAGAAUAUACAAGGCUCAACAAGGACACAGAGAAUCUCGAAGAAUUAGUUAAACACCUCGGGUUCGAUAAAACAGAAGAACUUCUUGCCGAGAAAUCAAAGGCACCCUAUGAUGAACUCAAACUUAAAGAGAAUCUUAGAGAAAUUGCUGAGCUAAGACAACAGAUAGAUCUAGUCUUCAAGGCUGAUGAUGGAGGCUCCCUCUCCUCAAUCAAGACCAGAUUAAUCGAAGCUAGAGCCAAGGAAAAUGAACUACAAUCAAAAUUCGAAAUAUACUCAAACUACAAAAUCCUCAACACAGAAAUCAAAGAAGAUGUAGAGGCCAAGCAGGAAGAGCUCAGAAUCCAACAGAAGGAAGAGCAAGCCUUGAGGCAGCAAAAUGAAGAGCUUGAGAGAUUACUCCAGCAGAAAAAGCAAGAAUCUCAGUCCCUCCUUGACAAUAUUAAGCUUGCAGAGCAAUUGGUUGAUGCCCAUAGUGGAUAG